AUGGAACACGAGGCCACCUAUGAAUUCGAGGACGAGAACCAGUUCUGGACCGUUCUCGAUGAGACAAUCUCCAGAGAAUGCACUACCCAUAGUAGCAUCGACGAUACCUUGCGAUCCUACCUAAGUCUAAUUGGCGCUUGUCGAGAGCGGUUCCUACCUUCCGACCAUGAUCUUGGUCGUUGCGCCUUCAAGCUACAAGAUUCUCCAUUAUUUGCAACACACGCCGAAUACAUCCGCCGGCAGUUUGUCCAAUGCUUGAUUGAGGAUGAUGACCCUGAUGUCAUCUUGGUCUCGACCAGCUUUUUGAUAGCCGACGCACAGUCAAAUGAAAGGACUUAUGAACUCUUAAAUGAUGAGGGCGCUUUUCCCAGAUUGGUAGAUCUGAUCUCCAGUCGGAAGCGACAUGGUCAUGAAGGAAUCCAUCGACUCCUUAUGGAAUUGCUUUAUGAGAUGUCGCGCAUUCAGAAGAUCAAAAUCGACGACCUCGCACAUAUCGGCGAUGACUUUGUGAAAAUGUUGUUUGAAAUUAUAGAACAGGUUUCCGACGAUGUCAAUGACCCCUACCAUUAUCCCACCAUCCGUGUUUUGCUCGUCCUCAAUGAACAGUUUAUGGUCGCUGCGCAUGACCCCGCCAAUAAUCAAAACGCAAUUCCUCUCACCAAUAAAGUGAUCAAGGUUCUAUCUGCGCAUGGCAGUGCAUACAAGACGUUCGGAGAAAACAUCAUCCUGUUGCUGAAUCGAGAAGACGAGACAUCAUUGCAGUUACUGACGCUGAAACUGCUGUACCUAUUAUUCACAACUCCUCCCACAUAUGAAUACUUUUAUACCAACGACCUUCGGGUCUUGGUCGACAUUUUAAUUCGAAAUCUGCUCGAUCUUCCUGAAGAGGCCUCGUCUCUACGACAUACGUAUCUGAGAGUUCUCUAUCCGCUUCUCGAACAUACGCAGUUGCAGCACCCGCCCCACUAUAAAAGGGAAGAGAUCCGAAAAUUGUUGAUUGUCUUGGGCGGCGGACACCUUAGCGAUCCCAGUGGAGGCCAAAAUAGUUUGCAUCAUUGGGGCCAUUUCGACGCGGUGGACGAAACAACAAAACGUCUAGUCAAACGAUGCGAAGGUGUGAGUUGGUUGAUGGAUCCCGAGACUGAACCCCCAACGCAAGCGGAGUCUCCGACCGAUGAUGGGGCCUCUAAUCCUUCAUCUCCAACGUCACCAUCGAAAGGACGACCACCAGCUCUUCCGGCUCCGCGUAAAUUGAAGAAGCGAAAUUCUUCGAAAGGUUCUACGUUGACCAUUGGGCAAUAUCUCACUCCUCAACUGGAAGGGGCCAGACAAUCAAGUCUUAGCAUGAUCGAGGUGGCCGCACAGAGAGAAAAACCGGGAGUGAUCACUCCAAGCAGGAACCCGAGUUUAAAGCAGAAUCUUCGGGCGGCAAUCAUUCACAAGAAAGAAAAACCUCCACCACCUCCUCAGGCAAGACGAUCUGGUUGGACAAGAAUGAAAGCGCAAAGACAGCAGAGUGAAACGGAAAUCGCUAAUGCUGGAGUCGGUAGUGGGAACGGAGAAUCCGAAUCGAAGCUCGAAACCGAAAAUCAACUCCCUCAUAUUCAUCCCCCAUAUCCGAAGCUCCCACCAAUACCAGUACAUUGUGACAAGGAGAAAGAGAAUCCCUUAAAACACGAACCACCUCCCGUUCCAUCCCAUCACAGACCCCCCUUCAAGAAACCUCCACCUACCCCGAAAGCACGUCGAUGGAGAGGAAAACGAGGAAAAGAAGAGGAUGAGGGUGGCGGCAUGAGUGGCGAGCCGAGAGAGCCUGGAAAGUUCAACCCGAGUUUGCCUUCGAUCGUGACCACGACGACAACUGGGGAGAGAAUACGUGAAGUGAGUCCAUUUUCUCCCGCGGAGAAGACAUUAAGUUCGCCGAAACCGGAGAACGCCGCGAAGUUGGCCGUGAGCCAGGCGUUGGAGAAGGCACAAGCACAAGCUCUAGAAGACAUCACGGAAACUUUGGAACAAGCUCGUAUAGAAUCCAAGCCGGAGGAAGAGUCGGACGAAAAGGUAAAGGCAAAGUCGCGACAACUCGAAAAUACGAUCGAUGAAAAGGACGAAGAAGAUGACGACGAGGCGCAAGAUAAUGAUGGCGAGCCAGGAAUUAGGGGAGAUCACUCUCAAGAAGAACUAGAUGCUCAGUUCCAUGACGCUCUGCCUAAUCAACCUCUUUCCCAAACUGCAUUUCCUCAACCGCAACCGUUGGACACAACUACAACUCCCCCUCUAGCUUCAGAAGAUACCUCAUCGAUGGUGCCGACAACAAUAACGCCAGCGCCCAGAAUGGUGCUCACUCCUCCGGCGCAAGAACCAUCUCGUGGCGUUCCGGGCCCGCAAUACGAAUUGGAGCGCAGUCCGUUCUUGACCGAUGAGGAAGUUGAAGCCGAGGGAAAGGACGAUAGCAGUGAUGAUGCGAAAUAA